AUGCCGCGUAUCGGAGCCCUGUGUAAUAUCAAUGUAUUAUUUAAAAAACAAGAAAAUACGUGGACACAAGGACAGGAGCCACAUGACGAUAUAGGGAGCUAUGACUAUGACAAACAAGACCAACAAGGAAGUCCGAAAGUUUUAGAUGAGAAAGCGGCUGCUAUAAAAAAAGUUUAUUUCUACGAUGGAGCAGUGAGACAAUAUGCUGCUGGACUAGCAGGUGAACUUGGAGCGCUGUCGGCAGGGUCAAAUUUGGGUUGGUCGGCUCCAAUAAUGGUGAAACUAGAUGCUCAUUAUGGAGGCUACAGUUUCCCAAUAACGAGGGCCGAGGGGUACUGGAUGGCUGCAGUGAUAGCUCUCGGAGCCGCCUGCGCCUGCUACCCGAUUGGUUUCAUUAUGGAUGCUGUAGGCCAAAGCCCCAAGUACCUGGUAAUGAAGGGGAGAUAUGCAGAUGCAAGAGCUGCUUUAGUUAAACUUCGGGGUUCGAAGCAUGAUGUUGAUAGGGAACUACACGAAAUUAUAGAGAAGGAAUAUACUUUGAGGAAAAAAAAGGCGAAACAUCCAAGUUACUUCAGCCGUCUAAAGCACAGGCCAGCUCGUAGGACUAUGCUCAUAUGCUUUACUUUGAUGCUGUUCCAGCAGCUGGCAGGUUUCGGCAUCGUGGUUAUGAGUGCGCCACGGGUCUUUGCAUUAGCAGGCGUUCCACUGCCUUGGACAAUUACGACGCUUAUUCUUGUCAGUAAUCAUUUGGUGGCGACAGUUUUCGCAACUCUGCUCAUUGAUAGAGUUGGGAGACGUUUUCUUUUGCUUCUGUCUGCAAUGUUGAUGUGUAUUUGUGGCAGUACUAUAGGGACAGUAUUUUGGCUGCAGGAAAUCUUAGACAUACAAAAAACUGUUUUUAAGUAUAUCACAAGUGUUCCUAUUGUUUGUAUUUUCGUGUUUGUUUAUGCAUAUGCUUUAGGUUUUGGUUCAAUCCCGUGGUUAAUGGCCAGUGAGCUCUGUCGGAUGGAUAUCAAAGCCUUUGUGACCGCUACAGCUGCAACCAUAAGUUGGUUCCUUGUAUUCGUUUCAAAUAGCACAGUACACAGGCUGCUUCGCAUUGUAGCUAUAUAUAAAAUGUUUUGGAUAUACGCCAGUUUUACAUUUACUGCAUUCUUUUUUGUAUAUUUCGUUGUCCCUGAAACUAAAGACUUGAGCAUAGCUGACAUACAGCAUCUUUUACGCCUUCCAAUUGGACACACGCAGACUCGGAAAGGACCAGCAUGGUCUGUGACGCUACGUGAGAAACGCUAA